UUGAAAGGGAUCCCUUGAGAGUUAGUGGCAGGAACUAUGAUUCUAUAAUGGGACAGAAGUGCUCAGAUAUUGGGUGUGUUUUAUGUCCCUUAUAGGCACACAGUUGCAUCAUCUUUGUGUAUCAAUGAAAAGUACAACUAUGGCUUUGUUCAAGCAACAGAAGGUGGAAGACGUUUAUGAAAUUGGGGAAGAGCUAGGAAGUGGCCAGUUUGCAAUAGUGAAGAAAUGUCGAGAAAAAAGCACCGGUGUGGAGUAUGCUGCUAAGUUCAUUAAAAAACGUCAGAGUCGGGCCAGCCGUCGUGGAGUGAGACGCGAGGAGAUUGAACGGGAGGUUAAUAUUCUGCAGCAGAUUCUGCAUGCCAAUAUCAUCAAGUUGCAUGACAUCUAUGAGAACAAGACGGAUGUGGUCCUCAUCCUUGAGCUAGUUUCUGGAGGAGAACUUUUUGAUUUCCUGGCACAGAAGGAAUCUUUGAGUGAAGAGGAAGCAACCAGAUUUAUCAAGCAGAUUUUGGAUGGUGUGAAUUACCUUCACUCUAAGAAAAUUGCUCACUUUGAUUUAAAGCCUGAAAACAUUAUGCUUCUAGACAAGAAUAUCCCUAUUCCACACAUCAAACUCAUUGAUUUCGGCCUGGCUCACAAAAUAGAAGAGGGAGUUGAAUUUAAAAACAUUUUUGGAACUCCAGAAUUUGUAGCUCCAGAAAUAGUAAACUAUGAACCGCUUGGACUAGCUGCAGAUAUGUGGAGCAUAGGAGUCAUCACCUACAUACUGCUUAGUGGUGCAUCGCCUUUCCUUGGAGAAACUAAACAAGAAACGCUUGCAAACAUCACAGCUGUGAAUUAUGAAUUUGAUGAAGAAUUUUUCAGCAAUACCAGUGACCUGGCCAAAGAUUUUAUUCAGAAACUCCUGGUGAAAGAUACACGGAAACGGCUUACAAUUCAGGAAGCUUUGUCUCAUCCGUGGAUAACGCCAGUGGACAAGCGACAGGCUUUGGUUCGGAAAGCAUCUGUUGUUAACAUGGAAAACUUCAAAAGGCAGUAUGCUAGAAGGCGAUGGAAGCUUUCUUACCGUAUUGUCUCAUUGUGCAACCACUUAUCUCGUUCGCUGGUGAAAAAGGUCCUAAUACAAGAUGAAAGUUUGAGAAACUGUGAAAGUGACAGCGAGGAUCUUUCACAAAGAAAAGCCACUCAUCAGAGGAGAAGCAGCAUAUCAUAAUGUAAUGAGCAUUCCACGGGCAGGAGGCAGAGGAAACGUUCAUCCUUGCUGAAAAAAGCAGCCUUGGGAGCAGACCUUGACGCCUUGUCUGAAUCCUUGGUAUGAUGCUUCUCACUUCUCAAACUAUGCCAACAGCUGGAUGGUGUUAUUAAAUGCCUACUGAGCAUUUUAGAAACUUGGGGAUCCAGAUUCCCGGGGAAAUGCCACAGCACAGGGCACCGAUUGGAGUGCUCUUACAUGUUGAGCGUUUCAGUGAUACUUUAAUCUAUUUGUGAUAUCAACUGCACUCAGGAUGUAGGGUUUCUACUGAUAUUCUUUUAUGGCAGAAUAAUUCACAUUCCGCACAAUGAUUUAGACUGUGUGCAUUGUUAUUUGUCAGGGAAAUUGUUAUUGAGUCUUAAGGAAUUUUUAUAAUACAAUUUUUAUAUUUAUUAAUAGCAUAAAUGUUUGAUGGCAGAUAUCUGACAGGUUUUGUUAGCUGUGCGCAGGACUCUGUUAUUGCUGUCAUUGACGAGAAAAUCAUAGUGCCAUUACAUAUCAUAAGCUUGAUUUCACGAAUCUAGCAGUAAACAGUUCUGUACUGUAAUAAGAAUUGUGCUCUAGCUGUCGUCUUCGGAUGAAGACUAACACAGCUGCCAUUGUCAAUUUGAGUACAACUGAUUCUGGCCACUGAGAGGACGAGAUGGGCCAGGGCAAUUUUUGGAUGAAAAAGAAAAAAAAAUUCUGUAGUGACUGACAUGCACCCAAAUGCAGUGUUUUUGCAGAAUGAUGGCAGGAUGCUUCACCAAAACAGGGCACUUAAAAACACAAGGUAUAUGAAGAGAUGAUCUUUAUUAGACUUUGUUACUGUUUUAAUUUAUUGUCAACAAUUGGAAAUUCAUUAACACCUACUUACAUAGGUGCUGUUUACAUGUAACCCGAACUUCAAACGUCUGUGUUUUUAUUCCGGGGGUUGUAUUCAAAAUUGAGGAAGUGAGCACUUUGAUGUUGAUGUAACUUCUUUGUGCUAGAAGUUGCAUCAUUUUAACUAUAUUAGUUUCUAAGCCAGUAUUGUUCAAUUGGUACCAAAAAAUGUGCAUAAACUAGGUUAUUUUUUCACUGAGUAUAUUUGUUGUUAGAUGUUCAUAUUUAUUAAAAAUCAGAAAGCAAGCCUACUAGAAACAACUAUAGAUCGACAAGGAAACUGGUUUUGUUGGGCUUUAUGGUUGUCACUUCUAGGCUGAGUUUUUAGACCUGAAGGUGUGAACUGGUAUUGAAAACUAGUGUCAGGUUUAUUUUGCCUGGCUUCCAGUUUCUAAGAAAGAAAUAAAAAUAUGAUACUUUUAUUUGUAGCUUUGUUAUCUUUGCUUAGGCAGAGACUAAAAUGCAGUUAAUGAGAAAAUAUUUCUAUGAAAGGAAGGAAAUGUACGAGCAGCAUCAGAGGAGAGAGUCAGAAAGUGGGAUUUGAGGGAAGAAACAUAAAAUGAAGGAGAUGGGCGGGGGGGAGAAACAGUGGAGAAAAGAAAUGUAUGAGGAGCAGCAUCAGAGGAGAGAGGCAGAAAGUGGGAUUUGAGGGAAGAAACACAAAAUGAAGGAGAUGGUGUGUGUGGGGGAAACCAGUGGAGAGGAAUGAGAGGGACGUGUAGGGAGCGGACGUGAACCUGGACUGGGAAGGUUGAAGGAAGGGAAAGAGAAUGUAGGUGUAGGAAUUGUGGAAGCAGGAGAAUGAAUGUUUUGGCAAAUAUGGCACUGCAGUUUGAUAUUAUUUAUUUAAUUUUCUUCUAUUUCAUGUCUUGUGCUGCCAUAUAGCCUGUGACAUGUGCUUGGUUAAGGGAUAGGGAGCAGGGCAUGGGCUUCUCUUCACAUUCAGUUGAAGGGUGUGUUUCUGAGUUUUCUGUGUAAUUUUUGAGACAGAAUCCUCAAAAUGUUUAGUAUCCUGUAGUAAUAUGUAUAUUAACAGGGAGCAGUAAUUUGAAAAGCUAUUGUUUUACUGUCUGAAAGGAAUCUUUUAUAAAUAGAACACUAAAAAUAUAUAUUUGGAAAAAAAUAUGUAUUACCUACCAAAUCUUGCUUCCUGCUUUCCCUGUUCCAUGUGUUAUCAUUUAGUUCAUUCCCUGGGCUAUGGAAAACCAAAUAAACUCGGAGCCAGUGGUAUUUUUCUGAAUUCCUCGAGUUUCAAAACACCUUUAGUUUCCAAAUUAGAGAUUUCAGGAUGUGUGCAUAAAUUGCACUUCUGAAAAUUAAGCCUUGGUUAAAAGAGCUGUUAGGUUGUUCCAUCAUUAUUUUGUGCUCUCCUGGAGAUGAGGUCAUUCUUAGGUAAAAUCCUAGUAACUAUUGAGCAAGACGGAAUGCAGCAGAAAGGCAGACAGAGGAGUAAGGCAAUGUGAAGCCGUAAGCUCCAGCUUAUUAAUUCUACAUUAAUAAAAGAUGUAAGGUGGUGUUUUAACAAAGACAUUACAGACAGCUCGUGGCGUCUGGUCUUCGGUCAUCUUUUUGCCCGGGUCAGCUGAGGACAGUACUCUGCCGUAGCCACGGGAGAGCAGCAGGGUUGGCCUUUCUCUAGGGCACUCAGUGGGUCCGUAGCUUCAGGUAGCUCCCGAGUGAUGAGGCGUUCACUGGCCAGAAGCCACAACGACCAGCGCUCCCGUCAGGCCAAACUGCCCCUGACUGCCCCAGAUAGGAGCACACUGCGGGUGUAUCAUCUCUUCUUCUCAGGACUAAUGUAUGUGAUUUAUUAGGAAGUUUUACUGUGGUGGGUUUUUUUCCAAAUGUACUGUCCUCUGUAUUUAUCUCCCUUCUAUUCCAAUGAGGUGGAAAUUCAUCCCUGCUUCAGGAAGAUAUAGUCUAAUUAAACUCUGUUUACAGCACUGGAGGACACCUUCUCAGUGCAGGGCUUAGCUUCAUUCUUUACCAUGGGUGGGUUUUGAGGAACAACCCAAAGGUUCCUUUUAUUAAGGACAAAAAAAAAAAAAAAAAAAGCACAGAAGGGAGGGGGGUGGUGGGAGGGGAGAUGUAGUACACUUCAAUAGAACAAUUUGUGUUACAGAAUUUACUGUAAAUUGUGGGGGAGAAAAAAAUAUCUAUUUUCUGUGUAUUAAGCAGUAAGGAACUGGGAGAUAAGCAGAGUCAUAGUCUGAAAAAAAGCAAGUAUUUUUAUUAAAAUAAGACUAUUUUUAUUGUUAUUUUAGUGGUGACGUUUUUAAAUCUGUGUGCCUCUAUUUUUAUUAAGAGAAAUACUGAUUUUUUUAUGUACUUGGAAACAGUACAGAGUGUCAA